GGGGUCUCCUGCUUGGAGAGAAAGCAAGGGCGCCGACGACGCUAGAGAGCGAUAAGAAGGCCUUUCGAGCUGCUGCUGCUGCUGCUGCUGCUGCUGCUGCUGCAUCUGGGAAGACGAUCGAGCUCCGAUCAUGGCACAAAGUUUUGAGGUUCCCAAUGGACAUUCGGUCGAAGAGCAUGACUUGGAGAGGACUUUGAACCCAUAUGUGACUGGGACCUCAGUGAUAGGGUUGAAAUAUAAGGAUGGAAUUAUCUUGGCUGCUGAUACAGGAGGCUCAUAUGGGUCUACUUUAAGGUACAAAAGUGUGGAGCGCAUUAAACCCAUUGGCAAGCAUUCCCUUCUUGGUGCAAGUGGAGAAAUCAGUGAUUUCCAGGAAAUCCUGAAAUACCUUGAUGAGCUAAUUAUAUACGAUAAUAUGUGGGAUGAUGGAAAUUCACUAGGACCAAAAGAGGUCCACAACUAUCUGAACCGGGUGAUGUAUAACCGGCGCAACAAAUUUGAUCCCCUGUGGAAUUCCCUUGUUCUCGGUGGAGUGAAAAAUGGGCAGAAGUAUCUUGGCGUGGUCAACAUGAUUGGUACACAUUUCGAGGAUGAUCAUGUUGCCACUGGUUUUGGAAAUCAUCUUGCAAGACCUAUUCUUCGUGCUGAGUGGCAUGCAGACUUGAGCUUUGAGGAAGCUGUGAAGCUUGUAGAGAAAUGUUUGCUUGUGCUUUUAUACCGUGAUAGAUCUGCAAUCAACAAAUUUCAGCUUGCUAAGAUCACUGAAGAAGGGACAACUAUUUAUCCGCGAUAUUCUUUGAAGACUUUCUGGGGGUUCUCAGCCUUCCAGAAUCCAACCAAGGGUGCUGUCGGAUCGUGGUAGUCCUACUCUGCUUUUCCGGGUGAUGCUUGAAAGUUUGCAAGAUAGCAAUUUGGAAACCCAGUGCAUCUGAGGAUUACUUGUAAGAACUUGGAAAAAUGACUAAUGCCUAGGCAUGGCUGAAAACAGGAUUUGCUGCUAUCUUAACAUGUUAUGAGGACUGGUUUUUUUUACUCAUUAGACAUCAAUCAUUUUAUGUUUCCAUCCA